GUAAAAAGUGGCGUUAUCUCAAAGAUUCAUAUAUGCGUAUCCAUAAUGAUAUCAUUAAAAAAAAGAGUGGCUCAGCUAUAAAUAAAGUUAUUAAGUGGAAGUGGUAUAAAUUAAUGCAAUUCUUACACGAUACAUAAUAUUCACGUAGUACUACUACCAAUAUUUCAAGUAAACAUGACGAAUCUGCGUCAACAAGUGAAAUGUCAGGACUUAAAGAAGAUGCUGUUCCGAUGCACAAGCGACGAAAGAGAUCGGAUAGCAGUUUUCUAGACACAGUAACAGCCAUCAUGAGAAAACCAAUAAAUAGAAGCAUUGUUGCCAAAAGAAGGUUCCGGGGCCGACCAACCGCCCCACUAUACGGGACGCCCCUCCCGAAGUCUAGUAUCCGAUCCACGCUGCUGGGAGCGCGUGGGGAUCGCCCCGACGGGUAUAAAAGCCGAGCUCGAUCAAGAUCGAGCACCAUUCCUCGUCGACAGGGCUGGUCAUUAGGCCGCUCUGCCGCCUGGCGCACGCCGGCUUUCGACUUCCUGGUUCCCGCCGACGAGACCGGUCAUUAGACCGUCUCGCCGCCUGGCGCACGCCGGCUUUCGGCUUCCUUGACUCCGCCGACGGAGCAGGUCAUCAGACCGUUCCGCCGCCUGGCGCACGCCGGCUUUCGGCUACCUGAAAUCCGCAAACCUCGCGACCGCGUACUACGGUGCUGCGCAUAAGCGCGCUCCCGUCCGGAUACCGUUAGACUAGCCUGUAUAUAUCUUGUAAAUAUCUCUCCGUAGGUUAAGGCCUAGCAUAAGAUUACCCGUAGGCUAAGUAUGUACAUAGCAGAAGCUUUAUAAUAAAGAACUGUUAAUUUGA